CACCUUGACAAAUUUACAUUUCACUGAUCAUUCCUCAGUCAAAACCCUAAACCCCAAAAUGCAGAAAUUCAUAUCAACAUAUUCUACUACAAUCUCAAAAUCAAAAGCUCAAUCCCCAUUAAUCCCUACAUUUCUCCUCACCCAAACAAGCCCUUAUUCCCAAUCAACUUCAAUCCCAAAGAAACAACAAAGAGUAAGAGACCAUGGCUAUGACAAUUACAUGGAAGUUGAGAAGAAAAUGCGCAAAGUCAUCAAAUUUCAGGACCUCAUUCUCAGUCACCCCAAUUGUAUGAUCGCAAGUUCUCGUCUUGAUAAUCUUUCUCGGCGUCUCGGAUUUAAACAAUUUGAUGCUGGCAGGUUCUUGCUUAAAUUUCCCCAUGUUUUCGAGAUUUUUGAGCACCCGGUUCAAAGGAUUCUUUAUUGUAGGCUUACCCGAAAAGCGAUUAAUCAAAUUGAACUAGAAAAUGAGGCCCUUAUUGCUCAAAUACCCGAUGCUGUUACGCGGCUUAGGAAGCUUCUUUUGUUGUCGAAUAAUAAAAGACUUAGGCUUGAGCAUGUUAGGAUUGCGCGUAGAGACUUGGGGUUGCCUGAUGAUUUUGAAUUCUCGGUAGUUCUUAAGUAUCCUGAGUAUUUUAGGUUGUUUGAUGCGGAUGAGACUAGGAAUAAGUACAUUGAGGUUGUGGGGAGAGAUCCGGAUUUAAGUGUCUGUGCGAUUGAGAGACUUAGGGAAAAAGAGUAUAGGGAGAAAGGAGUUGAUGCUGAGAAUAUUAGGUUUUCGUUUAUUGUUAAUUUUCCUCCAGGGUUUAAGAUUAGCAAGUAUUAUAAGAUUGCUGUUUGGAAAUGGCAGAGGCUCCCGUAUUGGUCGCCUUAUGAGGAUGUGACUGGUUACGAUUUGAGAUCUCUGGAGGCACAAAAUCGCAUGGAGAAGAGAGCGGUUGCAACUAUACAUGAAAUCCUGUCGUUGACCGUUGAGAAGAAGAUUAGUUUGGAGAGGAUUGCACAUUUUAGGAUGGCUAUGGAUUUGCCCAAGAAGCUUAAGGAGUUUUUGCUUCAGCAUCAGGGAAUUUUUUAUAUAUCUACGAGAGGGAACCAUGGGAAGCUUCAUACUGUUUUUCUUAGGGAGGCUUAUAAAAAGGGAGAUUUGAUUGAGCCAAAUGGUUUGUACUUGGCUAGGAGAAAAUUGGCUGAUUUAAUAUUGACGAGUCCUAGGAGAGCUCCUAUCGAUAGUGAAUUGCUUAGUUACAGGACUGAUAGAAAUGACAGAGCUCGGAGCUUUCAAGAAGACCAUGUUGAGACUGAUUUGGGACCUUUUGAUGAUCAAAAUAUUGUUGAGCAAUGUGGGCAAGUUGAAGGAAAUUCUGACUUGGACGUAGAAUGUGAAUCUGACUACACGGAUGAGGAUAAUGGUUCUGAUGAAUUAGCCGAUACAUAGGAUGUGGUCAACUAAUAUUAUACUUGAGGACAUGAAGAUAAGUGAUAACUAAGGAAUGGGAAUAUUAAAUAUCAUGUGCAUGGGUUACAAAAUUAUGUUGAAAUGGGAACUUAAUCUUCAUAUCAUGGCCCAUAAACCGGGAACUAAAACAUUUGGAGGAUAUGAUAUUCUGGCAUCAAGUAUUCCUCUUUUUUUGCUGUGACGUAUGCCAACAUACUAUGUGGGCAUAGUGCAGUUUUUUUAAGUAUAAAUCUGGUACAAUAUCUGUUAAGGUAAAGCUGCCAAGGUGGAACAAAGCUACUGGAGACGGCUUCUUUAACAUUUUACAUUUACAAGGCUCCAGAGCACGACACAGAGACUGAAAGUGAAAGUCUGAAAUAGCGUUAGCUCUAUAGUUAGAGACUUAUUAAACUUUAUAUAUGCAACCGCUAGUAUCUCAUUUUUCUAAUGGUGUAUUUGAUUUGCCUACCCUGCUUCUAUUUUUAAAACUAGAAAUAUUGAAUUGAUUUCACUCUGUGUGUCUGUUUAGCUUUUUUCUGCUAAAUUCGUAGCUUUGCCCACCAAAUAAAGGGACUACACAUAGAAUUCUUCUUGUAGAAGGUUUAUUUGUCUUGUUUAGUCUUGUAGAGUAAGAAGCUUGUAUAAAAACUGUAUGUUUUAGACAUUUAAUUACUUGAUGACAGAUUAAAUCAAGUGAAUAGGAUAAACUAGAGAGAUGCCACGUCUUCUAGGAUUGCAACUAGCAAGUAGAAGAGAAACAGCCAGAUCUAGAACCACCACAAAUUGGAAAAUUCUGUUAAUUUACCAGCUGUAGGUUUUGAAAUUGAAGAAUCUUUUAGGCUCCAUUUGUUUGUUAGAUAUUGUUUUCCAGGAAAAUGUUUUCUGACUUUUCUUGUGUUUGUUUGAACUCUAGAAAAUUUAUUCUAGGAAAAUAUUUUUUUAUGUGUUUGUUUGAUGAAAUCCUAGGAUUUUUUUCUCUCUUGCUCAGGAAAUUUUUCUCGAGAAAUUCUCAGGAAAAUCAUCUCGAGAAAUUCUGGGGAAUAUUUUCUCGGAAAAUUCUCAGGAAAAUUUUCUUGUGUAAUUCUCGUGAAAAAUUUUCUCCCGAUAUUCUUGGGAAAAAAUCUCUGCAGUUUUUUUUCUGAAAUUUUGUUUGAAUAAAAACAUUUUUGAGAAAAAUAAUUUGUUGGCAUAUAUAUUUUUCAUGAAAAACAUUUUCCGUACAAAAUAUUAUAUUGGAAGAUAUAUUUCAAUAAAACAUUUUUCAGAAAAAGAGUCAAACAAAAUGUUUUCCAAAAUCAAGUUAUAUUCUAUGAAACAAAUGGAACUGUACCUCUAAAUAUUGUAAUAGUAAAGUUUUAUGGGUCAUUAUAGUUUGCCCUAAACAAAAUUCUGCUAUUUUUCUGUGGAUUUUUGGUGGAACCUAAUCUGCCCGUUCUUACUAUUCUCUGACAGUUUCCUAGUCUUAAGUUUAAAAUUUAAAAAGUAUAGGGCAGGAUAUAGGGACAUCCUGUGUGCGUCUGGUUUCUUUCACCUCCAUUUUCAGUAUCUUAUUACCUUUGUAGUAUGUCUGUGUUGGCAGAUUUGAGCCUUUUCUCUAUUAAUUUGAAGCUUACCUGAAGAUUUUUGAAACUGAUCCGGCAUCUGAACUCCUACCAUAUAAAAGUUAAAGACAUUGAUGCACUUCAGCUCAUUCCUUUUCUAGGUGUAUGGCCUUCUGACGGACAGCCUUCGUACUUAGAAACUUGACAAGGUUGCUUUUAACACUGAUUUUUCAAAUCUUCUAGCUUCCUCUGACGUUGAUGGCUCUGGGAGUUUGGUUGUUUUCAGGCUUAAAUGUGACAACGAGAAUAUAUUCAAUGAAGUCAAAUUUGAGGUGGCGAUGUGUUCUCAUAAAUAGUACUGCAGUUCACAUCGUGGCAAAUAGGGCCAUACUACUUUUCAUAUAUAACACUUCUAGAUUUAUUUGUGAAAUUUUUAAUUGUAAAACUUGAGUUGAAUGUGCAGAAGUGAUGGCACUUUUGAGGCUGUUAGGUUUAUAGGAUUGUUAUACUGUUAUUGCAGAAUAUA